GCAGGACUCCGGCGUAGCAUUUCUGUGCCACUGCCAUCCCACACCCUUUUCGACACCUCUCCUGGUGCCUAAGGCAUAUCAUAAGGCAUCAGGCUGUAGACUGGAGUCAGAGACAUGGCAGACAACGCAAAUCGUGGGCGCUCCCUUCUGAGAUUUGCAAAUGACUGUGAAGAUGCCGCCGCGGGCCUGCAUCGCUUCCGGGACGCUCUGCCUAGGAAUGCGACGCGAAUUACUGCCGUUGUAGGCGAGCUCUUCGCGAUCAGCUCGGCCUUGAGACAGAUCCACACUGGAGAAGGCAUUCGCAGCUAUGGGCCAUCCUUCUACCGCAUCGACGAUGAUCUGCAACUGGUGUUCCCGUCGUUACAACGUACCGUGCACGACAUCUUCGACAUGUUCGCACGUGCUCACGAAAGGCCAGAACAGACCGUGUGGGAGGACAUGGGCCAUCAACACGAAAGGGUUGAGAAGUUUGGUCUCCUAGAGCGUCUGGAAUGGUAUCGAGACUUUCUAGAUGUUCAGUUCGACAUAUUGCAAGGUCGACCAAUCGCGGAUCCUGAUAACCUCAGGGACCAUAUCGCAGACCUUUUGGAAGCACAGCAGAAGGCAAGACGCCGUGCCAGUCGACAAUCUAUGCCUGUUCCUGAAAAUGACUAUUCUGCAAGCACGCCUCGACCACGACCACGCAGGACAUCAAGACCGACAAUGCCUCCUCGUAUCAACACGCCCAGCACGCCCACUGUAGCAUCUGAUGUGUCUUGGGAGUCCCCUUGGAACCUUACGGCACGACCCUAUGCUCCGGAGCCUCCAGUACCGCCUUUGAUGUUUCCCCCAACUCCAGGUUCACCAAUGUCUCCCAUGUCACCUGUCUUCAGCAACUUCACAUCAAGCUCGUCUCAGACAGCAUCAAGCCACACCUCAUAUUCAACGACCGAUCCAUACGCGCCAUCUGCACUCGUGCACUGGGCCGACGACAUUUUCGACGGUCAACACCCGAACACACAAUAUCGACCCGAUUACCAACUGAGCGAUCGCUCAGCAUGUUAUGGUCAACCCGACCAAUAUGCGCUCGAGCACCUCUCUCGCGACGGGUUUCAAAAGGUCCUAGAACUGCCCUUCGACGAACGAAAGCUCUGGGUCCGGCUCUACUGGCGCCCGAACGACUUCCGCGCACGUCUCCUCAUCCUGAGCCAAACCAGUUCCGGUACCCAACAACACUGCUGCCAGCCUCUCACAGCCCUCAAAAUCAUCCGCCGCGCAUCAACUCUCCAACUAUGCCAAGCCUCAAAAUCCAGCACUCGCUACAAACUCUGGGCCCGUCUAAACUUCCUCCUCCACGAACGCAUGGUCCUCUUCUACUCCACCCUCAUCGCAAUGAAACACCAAGACAAACGCGGAAUCCCUCACACCAGCCUAUCCGACGCCUUCGAACUCGAAACCUCGGACGGAGAAAUCGUCUUCUUCGCAGGCGAAAUCCAACACAACGACAUGCUGCACGCAUUACGAAUUUUUCGAGAUCGCGGUUCCGGCGUCGUUAGACUUGAAGUUUCCGCUUUGCGUGGUCCGAGGAAACAUGUGCCUAUUUGGACGGCUUUUGUUACGAAGUAUUCUGAUGCGGGCGAUCCGGAUUGGUGUCAGUGGGAGGGCAAUGGGAUUGUCAGUUUGGCUGCGAUUAAACCUGCGCCGCCUUAUGUGUUUAUCUCGAGGUAUGAGCCUCCUAAGCAUGGACGGAAUUGGAUUUUGCCGUUUACUACUGAUGAAGGUGAGUUGAGACGUCUUAUACUUUGA